UCCCACUCCCUCUUCUUCUCAUUCUUUCGUGUCUUUUCUUUCUUUUUUUCCCGCCCCUGGCAGCAUGCCUGCCGCUCUCCUCCUGCUCCGCUCCCUCCUUAUCAGGUUGCUCGGCAGCACUUUGGCGCGAUCGGCGGCGCAGCUGGUCGCGCGCGCUCUCUCCGCCGCCGCGGCCCGCCUCGGCACCCUGCUGCGCCACAUCUGGGCGCGCGUGCGCUCGCGCGAGUCGCGCGAGGCCGUCCUGUCCUGCGUCCUCUGCGUUCUGAACAUGAGCAAGAAGGUGGACGGCUGAGCGCGGGGGGCGACGCCGGGGCGCACGAUCUGCGGACUCCACCUCGGGGUUUUCACUUCUUCUCCCACUUCCUUGCGUCUCGCUCGCACCGCGUGUGUCCUUCUCGGACCCGGACCGGAGCCACCAUGUCGGAGAGCGUCGCGAGGAAAGUGCAGCCGUUCACCAUCGGCACCAGGCUGUCGGUCCCCGCCGCCGUGCCCGCGGACCACUUGCUGGCCGGGCGGCCGCUGGACAACCGCAAGGUGCCGCGCAACCUCAACGAGCGGGUGCCCUGCCUGUACCUCGGGCAGAGCGGGCUGCCGCUGCGGGGGGUCCCCUCUGACCCGCGCCCGUCCUCGUCCCCGUCCCCGUCCCCGUGCCCGUGCCCGUGCCCGGCGGCGCAGGUGGAGAGCCGCCAGCAGCGGCGGCGGCGCGAGGAGCCGUGUGACGAGGACGCGCUCAACAGGAACGCCGCGUCGCCCACGGCCACCUCCAGGUCGAUCCGCAAGAUCACCAUCUCCGGGAGCGCGCAGAGCCCCGGGGAGCCGGGACCCCCCGCAGGCGAGCCACCCCGCAAGCUGGAGAGCGCCGCCAACAAGAACAACAACAGCAACAACAACAACAACGUCAUCGCCGUCGACAACAACAACAAGAACGACAACGAGAACGGCAAGAGCAGCAAGGCUGGCGCGAGGUGCGCGCUGCCGCGGAUCGUGGGCGUGAGCUGCGAGAACAAGCCGCAGUCCUACUUGAAGGUGUUGCUGAGGAAAGAUGCCAGCGUUGAGCAGCAGGCCUUCCUGGCUGAAGGUUCGAGUCGACCGCUGGCUGCUGGGGACAGGACCACCUCCACCUCCCAGACGCCUGGGCUGCGAGCCCCAUCGCCCCUGAGGGUCCUGCUGGAGAGGGACAGCCUGCCCUGGACAUAUGGAGAGACCCCUUCCAGUGCGAAGGACACCUCGGCUCCGAGCGAUGGGAACUUCACCCGGCACAGUGCCGCUUUCAGCAGAGAGGUGCUGCAGGCAGAGGCUUGGAUCAAGGGGAAGCUGGAGGACCUGAAAGAUGACUGCGGUGUGCAGCGAGGUCCACCGCAAGACUCGGAAGAGGUGUCCCAGACCCUCCAGCGGGACCUCAAAGACUUUGAGAACAACCUCAUACGGCUCAAUCAGAUGGGGGAGCAGUUGGCGUGCCGGUCGAACCCGACCUCAGACCUGAUACGGAAGCAGCUGGGCCAGCUCAGGGAGCAGUGGCAUGCUCUGCGGCAGAUGGCUGCGUACCCGUCCAGGGGUGUCGGUGGAGCCACGAAACUGCAGGAGUUCAACGAGAAGGCGGAGCAACUGGAGAUCUGGAUAAAGGAGAAGCAGGAGGAGGAGCGGUUGCUGGCGAAGGUCCUCGGGGAAAGUAUGGACAAAGUGCAGCUGACGAGAAGGAUCCUGGAUUUGAAACAGGACGAGCAGCAGUACCGGAGUCUUCACGAGGAGAUCAACAAUUUGGCCUUGAAGCUGGAGAAACAAAGCAAGGCUGAAGGCAGAAACAUUUCCGCCAGGAGGAAACAGAUCAACAAGAUGUGGCUGAAGGUCCAGACACUUCUCAGAGACUACCAUGAAAGUCUGCAGCUCGCCCUGGAAGUGUCCUCCUUCUACCAGCAGGCGGACAGCGUCCUCGCUGCUAUUAGCGACAAGAGGAAAAGCGUCGGCGACCGGGAAAGCGGUGGAGACAGGGAGGUUCGGGACAUCGCCCGUCAGACCAUGAUGCUGGACGUGACUGUUUCUCAGCUGUCGAACCUCCACCCAGCGCUGGCAAGCAGAGUGACACAGAAGCUGGGCGAGGUGAAGCACGCCUGGGCCGCCCUCCAGCAGGCUGUCAGGAACGAGGGGACUGCACCGCUUUCCCCGGCCUCCGAUUUCACCAGGGAAGACGGAGACCCCUCGACCCCGUCCCCGUCCAAGGAGCCUCGGGGCAGCGUGGGAAUGGAGGUGCACAGGAUCAUGGGAAAAGAGGUUAAAGAAGAACAAAACCGGCUCAAAGGAUGUGCGACUGCGAGAGACGCCGGGAGCAGCGGAGCGUUGGCUUCCGGCCAGGGCGAGGAUGGGCUUUCGGAGAGCGCGGCACCCCUGGUCUCAGGAAGUUGUCGGGAACACGCAGACGGCGUCACCCGUAGAAGCCACUCCGCGGGAGAAAGCGGGGAGCCCAAGACGGCCGACUCGAGACCCGCGGCCCCACGGGGACGAACGCUGACUUACGCGCAGCUCCAGCAGUUCACCGUGUCCGCAGACAAGACCCUUGCUUGGCUGAAGGACAACGUUGCCAUUGCAACCCACAUCUGCCGCACAGCAAGUCUGGAGGGGAUCGAGGCAGCGAGGAGGUGCCAAGCCGCCCUGGAGGACGAGAUCCUGUCCAACAGGGCCAGGAUCGAGGUGGUCAAAAAGGAGGGGCGGAGCCUCGUGCGAGCCCAUCACCCUGGGAGCGCCAAGAUCGAGGAGUUCCUGGACCAGCUGGAGGCACUGUGGGAGGAGCUGAAGAGGAGGCACCAGAGCAACGUGGUGGUGCUCCAGGAGUCGGAGAAGCUCAACCUGAAGGCCGCGAACAUCCUGAAGGACUUGAACGGCCUGGAGACCUGGCUCCAGUCGGUGGAGCGGACUAUCCGGCAGUCCUCAUUCGCUGUGGACCCUCAGUCCAUGAGCACGGCUGAGCAGGAGAGCUCUCUGCUGGAGAAGGAAGUUGCCUCGCGGGGCCUGGAGCUCCACGCACUGCGGCGGGAGGUGGAGAAGCUGCACCGCCACCGGCACGUCCGUGUCCGGCAGCUCCCAGCCCGCAUGGAGGAAGUGGAAGAGAAGUACCGCUGCGUUCGGAGCGCCCUGACACAGCAGAGUGCCGAGCUGCAGGACACCCGCAUGCUGACGGAGUUCCUGGAGCGCGUGGAGCUCGAGGAAAGCCAGGCGCUGUGCGGGAGCCACGAGGACAGCUUGGAGCAGCCUCUCCGCAGCACCCUGGCCACUGGGUCCUCCCUAACUGGCCUGCCGGGGGUUAGUGCUGCCAUGCCGCUCAUGGAGAGCAUCGGGGACCCGGUGGAGGAGCUACGGGAGGCCGUGGAGAUGCUCAACGACACGGCGAGGGAGCACUCGCUGUCCCAGGACCAGGGCAUCCAGGAGCUGCACACUCGGUACUCCUCGCUGAGCGUGCGCAUCAACCAGCAGCUGUCCCGCUGCGCGGCCCUCAACGUGGACAUCCUAGAGGCGGAGACGGACAUGGCGGUCAAGUGCGAGCCGCACCGCUGCGGACUGGAGGGGUUGUGGCAGCAGCAGGAUGACCUGCAGGUCGAGUACGAGAUCCUGAGGGACGAAGUGGAGGAGACGGAGAGGACGGCGGCGCGCCUGCAGGCCCUUUGCCCCGAGAGGGUGCGCGGCCUGCGGUCCGAGGCCCAGGCGACCCUGCAGGUCUGGGAGGAGCUGGGCGGGGCCGUGGCAGAGAAUUGCGCCCGCCUACAGCAGUUCGCCCAGCUGCGGGACUUCUUCGGGAGCUACCUGGCGCUGAUCUCGUGGACAGAAGAUACUCGGGCAUGCAUCUUCUCGGACAGCGCUGCGCACCACGGGUCCGAGGGCCAGGACGAAGCCGCCAACGAGCUGGACGUGAAGAUCGAGAAAAAGUUUCAGGAGUUUGAUGACCUGGCCGCAGCAGGACAGAAGCUCAUUGACGAGGAGCACCACCUGACGGAAAUGAUCAGGGAGAGGACGGAGGAGCUGCAGAGCAUGCUGGGUUGGAUCCUGGUGCGCUGGAGGGCGCAGAAACAACAACGGCAUAAUGGGAGAGGCAAAUCAGAAUCCAAGGGGGAUGUAAUUUACUCAGAGGCGAUAGUGUGCAGUUCAUCUCCACAGCGUGCAUCCCAGAUGGCAGCAGAGAAGACGACCUGCGGCAGUGGCAUCAAUGGCCAACUUGAAGGAAGCGUCCAGCAGCAGCUAGGCGAUGGGUACGAGGUAAUGGGCAGCAUCCGGCCGAGCGACGCCAACUCGAGCCCUCCGGGGGGAGCCCUGCAUGGCUUUCUGGCCGUGGAAGAGUCCAAGUCGCCCUUCAUCGUCCUAAAGGAGCCCGGAACUCCCCUGCGGGGCGGCACCGUCAACCUCAUCCUCAGUCUCGGUAAAACCGGGGAGUCUGUGGAGGAAGCAGAGGUCCCCGAGCCCAUUCACAGGCCUGCUGGGUCUCCCUCCUCGGCCUGUAAAAACUUUUGGAGGCGUUGCCAGGGCCUUUUGGAAAGUACAUUCGGUAGUUUAAAGCGAAAGAGAAAGAUUUGUCGGCAGAGUGCAGAUGAGGUAAGUACCUACCUGCAUGUCAAGGAGAACAAAGGCACCUCGCCGGUGUACGAGAACAUCAGUCUGCCCCACCUUACCUCCAAGGCUAAGGGGCCAACGUCUUCCUCGUCUUCCUCGCGCUCUUCCUCCUCCGCCUCUCCGCUCAAGGCCAGCUCUAGUUCACUCAUUGGCAGCCUGAAGAGCAAGAGCAUGAAGAGGAAGAGGAAGGAGGACGUGCGCAGGCACACUAUACAAAGGAUCACGGGGCCAGAAUUGCGAGAAAGCACACCCGCCAGUGCAGGUGAGCGCCACGUGCACAGUACCAACACCUGGCCUCUGAAGGAGAGGAAGAGGAAGGACGCACGAGAAACUGCCGUUUCCAGUGGCGCGGAGGGGCACGAAUACGAGAGUAAUCCCGUGGCACGGGGCAUUGGUGAUGAGCACAUAGGAGGUUUGAUGUUUUCCCAGCCCAUGUUGGAGACAAACCGGAGUUCAUCCACAGCAGAGCACAGUAAGAACCACUGCAGGUACCUGUCCUUGGGCUCGGUGCUUAGCUUCAACCUACCCAAGGACCUGAGUCUGAUUCCCAGCAUCCCCGAUGUUAUCACCAUAGGCCCUCUAGAGUCAAAAGGACUAGAUCACUUGAAGAAUGAAGUGGACCUUCGUGACCUCAACGGCCACUAUUCCCACACCGAGAGGCCCGCGGCCAUGAGUACCUUCAAACAGUCACUCUUACCCUCAAAAUGCGGCGGAGAGAAAUCAAAACUCGGCCCAACGGGGAAGGUGAGUGUCAGUGCGGACUGUCACCCAGACACUAUCGCCGUUUCCCAUCAGAACGCUCCUCUUAAGGACAGCGGUUCUGCGGAUCGCAGUCAGACCACCGUAAGGAGCAGCCUAUCAGAUCUCGAGUCGAGGCCGCUGUCAGGCACCGGUGAUCUCCGUGAGGAAGGAGGCUGGGAGGUGGACGGAACGAGUGCUUCUCUGGAUGCUGACAGACAAAGAGACAGCGACAGCCUCUUCCCAAAUGCCGCCAGAGAGGAGGAAGACCUUAAAACCGGUACCAGCGGUGUCAAAUGUACCGCAGUAGCAGCGCAUCAUAUGUGCCCCAGCAUCCACGCUAAAGUUCAAGAGCUCAACGGGCAUCGAUCCAACAAAGACUGCGCCAUCAGCCCCGAUGUGGCCUCCGGUGUCACCACACAGCUCAAAAAUCCUGCGAGCAUCAGCACACUUAAUUAUGGGGCCAUUAAGUUCUGCACAGAAGCAGCGCACCGGGUGUCUACCGACAUCAUUUUGCCCCGGGGGACCGUGGGAAGAGCUGUGUCCCUGGAGCUGGACUGCUGCAACGAAGAUCCCACCGGUCUGAAACUGGGCGCGGUCAUGACCGCGGCAGAUGCCGUUCACCCCGACCAUCAGCAGUUUGAGGAGGAAGAGGAGGAGCUGGAGGACAUCUGGAAUCAGACGAAGGGCUACCGGCAGAGCAUCUGCUCCGACAUCAUGUACCAGACCCAUCAGACAGAGCUGGCAAUCUCCCCCCCAGGUGAGCCCAGGCAACCUUCCCCCCAGGGCCAAGCCGUGCUCUACAGGAAGCUCGUCACCGCCUCGGCUCCCAACCUCCUGGUGGCCGAGUUCACGCUCCCACCUUCCGUUCAGACGCUGCUGGGCUACAGCAAGGGGCACAGUCACGAAACCGGAAAAAGCUCAUCCAGAGGAGACAGGAAGUCCUGGGCUGCCUUCCCGCAGAGAGAGCCACUUAGUGGGCAGAUAGAACUGGUAAACGAAACAGCCUCUGAUCCCGUCAAGCUGCCUGAUACAGAGGAGCGACAAAAGUAUAUCUACCAGUAUAGGGAGGAUGAGGAGGAGGGGGAGGAAGAGCUGAAGGACACGGGUUGUGCGAAGGACCAGUCCAUGAGCCUGCUGUCACUUCACAUGGGUUUGGAGAGAACGAGUUGCCGGCCGAUUGGUCCGGACAGCGGCAGAGAGGAGCAGGGACACACGAGCACCAUUGGAGGGCGCUGUAUCUCCAAAAACGGGAGGAGCCCAGAGUUCCAGUCCAUGGAGGGGAGCCUGGAGAGGAAGCACAUACUGCAGCUAGGCGGGAAGAGGGCACCCUGCCGCUCUUGGACCACCUGCCAUGCCGUCCUCUUCAGGCAGACGCUGUGCUUCUACCAGGACAGGAAGGACACGCUCAAGAGCUGCGCGUCGGGACUGCCGCUGAACCUCACCGGGGCCGAGUGCUCCCCGGUGCCCGAAUACAGCAAGAGAGCCAACUGCUUCAGCCUGCGGCUGCGAGACGGUUCCGAGUACCUCCUGAGCGCCUCCUCGCGGUUCCUCAUGAAGAAAUGGAUGCUGAAGAUCCAGGCUAACUCAGGUCUCAUCGAAGCCAACCCCCCAGAGGCAACUUGCCCGCCCAGCAGGCAGGACCUCACACUUGACACCGGUCCCACCUUCCACUGCCACUGUGUCACCAAAUGCCACUGUCCCUCCAUGCGUGGCUCCCUUUCCUCCCCCGCGGGGCGCAGCCGGGUGGGCUCGGCGAGAGCCAACGAGAUCGUCGUCCUGACAAGAGACGGCUCUCGGAUCCCAGAGUGGCACCGUGAGAACCUGGAGGAGGAGCUUUCACCAGGCCGGCUGGCACAUGGCGAUCAGCACGACUACUACGGCUCCUUGCAACAGACCAUGAAGCAGAGACUUUCCCAGCGUCUCCUAGAGACCAGCGCCCAACCGCCUCAGUCAUCGUUCCACGACGGUGGUGAUUGUCUCAUCAGCAAGCGCCGCUCCCACUCCUUCACAUCAGCCACGUACCAGAAGAUCACCCCGGUGGCUUUCCCUCCCGGUGGCCGUGAAGGUGGCUCCAGGUACUCAGUGACUCUCUUCAUCGGGGAUCAGCUCUCGGAGGCCACGCCCCUUAUCAAGAAGCGCGACUGUCCCCACCCAGCGGGCUGGCAGCGGGAGCCCUUCCUGGACACACCCCCUGAGAUGAGCUACUCUUCGCUCCCUCGGCCGAGGAACAAAUCCGUCUUCAAAAAGUUUUUCGGGAAAAGGGAGUGACGGUGACAGGAUAGGACACCCGACCUCUGAGCUCCGCGGAGGGGGAGGGGCCUCUUGAAUGUCAAAAACGACAGUGUUAUUUUUCCCCUGUGCAGAGCACAUUCAGUUGUCUUAAAGUUUUUAUUUUUUUUAACAUAUAUUUAUGUUUGACAGUGGAAAUGCUUGAGCGUUUUGCUGUUGCUUUGCUUUGUUUAAACGCUGAGGUUAUCAUCCCUGCAGGUGUGUGAGUUUGUCCCUAAGUGACAGGCCUCGUACCGUCAAAACACUCCUUUUUCUCGUAAAACCAGGUCUCCUUCUCCAAAUACUGCUAGUCGUGAAACAAAUGUGGAGACCUUUAGUCCUACUGCAGGGUUCUUUAUCCAAAUGAGUCUUAUUGAAGCUUCUGUUCAGUUAAAUGCUUUUAUCAUUGCAAAAAUAUUAAAUAUUAAGAUGGGAUGCACAAUGUAUGUACAGUAGCCAACAUAGCACGGUCCACUGCCGAUUUCCUCCCUAAUUUUGGUGACCUUCCGUUUUGUGUGAUGGAUAUUACCUUCACUGUACCAAGCAACCGAUUUGGAUUAAAUACAAGUUUACGUAACAAUUG